AUGGCAACAGGAGACAGGAGGAGACGGAAAAGAAGACAGGAGACAGGAGAGGAGACAGAAAAGAAGACAGAAAAGAGGAGACAGAAAAUGAGACAGAAAAGGAGACAGGAGACAGAAGAGGAGACACUAGAGGAGACAGGAGGAGAAAGAAAAGGAGACAGAAAAGGAGACAGAAAAGGAGACAGAAGAGAGGAGACAGAAAGUGAGAGAGAAGGAGACAGAAAAGGAGACAGAAGGAGACAGAAACGGAGACAGAAAAGGAGACAGAAAAGGAGACAGAAAAGGAGACAAAGGGAGACAGAAAAGGAGACAGAAAAAGAGACAAAAGGAGACAGGAGACAGGAGAAGAGACAGAAGGAGACAGAAAAGGAGACAGGAGACAGAAAAGGAGACAAAAGGAGACAGAAAAGGAGACAAAAGAAGAAGUACCUCCAUAUAAAAUAA